CCGAACGGUUGUUGGCUCCCAAAAUAAAUAUUAGAAAUAAGAAUAGUGAUCGAAAAAAUUGCACAUGUUAAGUGAGAAAAAUAUGACGUCAUUGGGCGUAAAAGUGCUUUUGUUGACUAUUUUGGUCUGCUUAAUUUGGGGAACUACUUAUUCGGAGGCAGCUUCCAUCGAUGAACAAUGCAUGCACUCGGACAGCUGUGAAAGGUGCUUAUCCGCUCACCUGCAGUGCGCCUGGUGCACGGACAAGGAAUAUCAAGUGGGUUAUCGAUGCCUUUCUCGCUCGAAACUCUUGGAGUACAACUGCAAUGAGACGGAUAUAUACGAGAACAAGCCUUUUUUAGAUGUCCUACAGGAUAAACCCUUGAAGGACUACGAAAGCAGCGAUCAGGCAGUGCAAGUGACGCCCCAACGAGCCAAACUCAAGUUGGUCAAAGGAAACACGCAACAAAUCAAGCUGAGCUAUAGGACAGCACGCAAUAAUCCACUCGAUUUGUACGUGUUGAUGGACCUCACCUGGACAAUGAGGGACGACAAGGAGACUCUGGAGGAGUUGGGAGCUCAACUCAGUCAGACCCUUAAAAAUUUAACUGCCAACUAUCGACUGGGAUUUGGUUCCUUUGCGGAUAAGCCAAUUUUUCCGAUGAUUCUUCCCCAGCAUAAGGAAAAUCCAUGUGCUGCGGAGCGGACCAAAUGUGAACCAACUUAUGGAUAUAGACAUCAGUUAUCGUUAACUGAUAAGAUCCCUGACUUUACCUCGGCUGUGGCAAAUAGUAAAAUCACCGGAAACUUGGAUAAUCUCGAAGGUGGUUUGGAUGCCUUAAUGCAGGUUAUAGUGUGUACCAAGGAAAUCGGUUGGAAGCAACAGGCUCGAAAAGUUGUGAUCCUAGUAACCGAUGGUUUUAUGCACUUAGCUGGGGAAGGACUUUUAGCUGGUAUUACUCAACCCAAUGAUAAGCAGUGUCAUCUAAAUAAAAAAGGAGAGUAUACGGCAUCCUUGGACUUUGAUUAUCCCUCGCUUGAGGAAAUCUACAGGGAACUAUUGCGCCGCAAGAUCAAUGUGAUUUUUGCUGUUACAAGAGAGGUUGAAUACAGCUAUAGGGAACUUAGUGACCUGAUGCGGGAAAUUACUUAUGUGGACAGACUGAGUGCUGAUUCUUCGAACAUCUUGGAACUUAUCAAAAAGAGUUAUGAGAGCCUUAUUAAGCGCACUCAGUUCGCCGAUAAUAGCCCGGACUUCAUAGAAAUGGUCUACUAUACGGAUUGUGGCGGUCAGUUUCCCAGUUUGCAGAAAAGGAGUUACUGCAAUAAUGUCAGUCUGGGCAAGCAGAUUGAUUUUUAUGUGAACAUCACCCUUAAAAAAUAUCCAGAUAAUGGAGUAUACGACCACAAAAUCCGGGUGGAGGAAACCUCCUUGAGUGAGCACAUGGACUUGGAUAUCGAGCUGCAGCGCCCUUGUCCUUGCCAGGAAACCCCGGAUCCCGAAAACAUAGAAGGCCGUUUCCAAUGCAAUAAUCAGGGCUAUAUGUACUGCGGAAUGUGCACGUGCGACAAAAAUUGGACUGGCCCCUUUUGCACCUGUCCCAUGGAUGCCACAAAUAUCACCAACAAUGAAUCCCUGCUCCAGAAAUGCCGUCAACCAUUUACGGAUAAAACAACAUCGGAAUUGGUUUGCUCCAAUCACGGGGAUUGCGAUUGCGGGAGUUGCCAAUGUGAUCCUGGGUAUACGGGUCCAUUUUGUGAGUGUCGCGAGUGUUAUGAUUGCGAUGAAAAGCUUGCGGAUUGCUUUUGUGGCCAGUGUGUUUGCAAAUACGGAUGGUCGGGUAGCAAAUGCAAUUGCGAUGGGGCUACGGAUGCCUGUGUGGGACCCACGGCGGAGAUUUGUUCGCAAAGAGGCCAUUGCGAGUGCGAAGAAUGCCUGUGUGAUGAGCCCUACUUGGGAAAAUUCUGUGAAAUCGAUCCGGAAAAGGAUAACAAACUGUGCCUGUUCUAUGAACCCUGCGUUACCUGCCUAAUUCAACAAAAGCAGGGAAUGGGCGCAUGUGAUAACUUGACUGAAAUAUGCAGCAGUUUGGAUAGACAAGAUAAAUAUACGCCACGAUUUGUUAAAGAAUUGGAUCCCGAACAGGAUCCUUGCUUGGUUCGAGUUGUGAACAAACAUGGCAUCCAAUGUGAUAGCUUCUUUGUCUAUCAGGUGAUCGAUCAUGCAAAUUAUCUGAUUAUCCAAGAUGUCGUAUGCGAGCCCCUGGAUUACGUGGCCCUAGUUGGUUAUAUAUCGGCAUUUACCCUGCUCAUUGGACUCGUGAUCAUGUUCCUAAUUCUGUGGUGUAUUCGAGCUAAAGAUUCCAGGGAAUAUGCCAAAUUUAUGGAAGAGCAAAAGAAAAGUGUGGAACACAUUAAUCCAAUUUACAGGGAUCCCGUGGGAAGAUACGAAGUGCCCAAGGCACUAAGUAUCAAAUACGAUGAGAACCCAUUCGCUAGUUGAUUUAAUUUAAGUGUUUAAUAGAUGGCUAAGAAUACUAGUAUUUCAGAGCUGAAACUUAACUUAAUUUUAUAAACACUACAAGCCCAACUAAUAAUUCAGUACUCUCUCUAAGCCAAAAAUGUAUAUUAUUAAGUAUUCCUAAUAAGUCUUUACUAUAUUUAUUGAAAGCAUCGUACUUAAAUAGCACAAUCCCAAUUAUAUUUUAAAACCAUACCAGAACAAAAGACACAUUACACUGUUUUCAUAUAAUAUAUUUUGAACAUAAAUUUGUUUUUUAUACAUAACAUUGGAUGAAUUUGUUCAAUAAUACCUAUACAAUAUCUAAGCUAAAUUAACUAAGAAUUUGUUAUAGCUAAAAAAAAACGUUUAUGUUUUUAACAAAGUUAGUUUUCAGUUUUGAAUUGGACAAUUCCAUUGAGCAAGAGUUUUGAUUGCAUUUACAUAAGUAGAAAAAUAAUGGCUUAAGACUUUGUUUAUAUUAAACAGGCUGAGGGGGAGGGGAGAUUGUUUUUAAAUUAAGUGAUGACUACUGGCAAAAUUGGAAAUGCAAGACAUUACCUUAACAUAGAAACGUACGCUUAAGAGGCAUUACAAAAAUACAAUUCGAUUAAUUA